AUGUCUCGUCUCGCAAUCAAACUUCAUUCUUAUCGAAUUCUUCAGCAAAUUCUAAUUCAACACGGGCUCGGGACACUUCUCAACUCAUUUCAAGUUCAACUUCAACAUCAGCCUUACCUUCAGCAUCAACUGCAGCAUCAAUCUCGACCUGGCAAGGUUUACCAAACCAACAUUCUCCAACGCAUAGCCUAUGUUCUUCUACGACAAAUUCUACAGCAAUCACAAUUGACUUUGGCUCAGAUUCCGAAACUUCCAUCAUCAGUCCUUCACUCACUACCCCACCUUUCAGUCCAUCCGGAUCACUCUCUUCACCUACUCAUUCAGACAGCUCAGUGA